ACAAUACACACAUACGCAGAAACAAAAGCAAUGACUGAAUCAUCAUCAUCAUUAUCAAUUUAUCUGCUAAGUAGGAUUUAGGGUUCAUAUUUUAAUAAGCGGAACUUUUUGAAACUUGAUUGACUCACAGGUGUAAACGUCACUUUUUAUAAAUACUUUUGGAUCAAAAAUCAGGACUUGGAUAUAGAAACAGAAACAUUGAAACAUAUUCAUAUGGUGUUUUUUCAUUUGUGAGACUGAAGAUAAAGUGUCCAUCGGAAUGGAAGAACGGGAACGAGGAGCUGUUAACAUGAAAUCUACGUCAAGUAGAUCCAAGACGUCCACACACAGAGCGAGCGUCGUGACAUCAAUUGGGCGAGUUCUGAUGAUGGAAUUGUUAAUGUCUGUACUUGUUAUUCUACCCAAAGAGUCAGAACAGGGCCGUCAUGAAAGAAACCUUAUAAAUGAUCUUUUCAAAGAAUACAACUACCUGGAAAGACCCGUAGAACAGGAAUCAGAUGCCCUUAAACUAGAAUUCAGCCUUGCUCUCCAGCAAAUCAUAGAUGUAGAUGAAAAGAAUCAGUAUCUCACCACAAGUAUCUGGUUAACUUAUGCCUGGACUGAUUACAAUUUGAAAUGGAAUUCGUCAGAAUACGGUGGUGUCCAGAGUAUUCGACUUCCUGCCAAAAAGGUUUGGACUCCAGAUGUUCUCAUGUAUAACAGUGCGGACGAAGACAUAGACAGUAAAUUCCCUACUAAUGUAGUGGUGUACUCAAGUGGGCUGUGUAACUGGAUACCACCGGGUAUCUAUAUAAGCUCAUGUAAAAUCAACAUUCGCUGGUUUCCAUUUGAUGACCAGUUGUGCACAAUGAAGUUUGGCUCAUGGACGUACGAUGGGAGCAAAAUUAACCUUACUUUGCUUGGGACAGCCGGUAAUACAGGGGAAGGUGACAUCAGCACAUAUCAGCCCAGUGGCGAAUGGGACCUCAUAGGUGUCUCUGGUAUACGAAAUGUAGAAAAAUAUGACUGCUGUCCGGAUCCCUACCUGGAUAUCACAUAUACAAUUAAUAUUCGACGCAGGAAAUUAUACUACAUAUUCAACUUGGCCAUUCCAUGCUUCCUGCUUUCAAGCCUUACAUUACUUUGUUUCUAUCUUCCACCGGACAGUGGCGAGAAACUAACAUUUGGUGUCACUAUAUUGUUGUCUCUGACAGUCUUCCUCAUGAUAGUAGCUGAGACAAUGCCAGCAACGUCCGAUGCAGUCCCACUAAUUGGGAUAUAUUUUGCGUGUAUUAUGAUGGUGUGUUCAUUGUCAGUUGUGUUUACUGUACUAGUUCUCAACUACCACCACCGCAAUCCAGAAACGCAUAAUAUGCCAAAGGCUGUGAGGGUGAUAAUAUGUAAGUGGUUGGCGUGGAUGCUUCGCAUGGAGAGACCAGGCCAUGAUAUAACAAUAAGAAAAAUAGUGCACGAUGCAAGAAUUGCCAAAUUAAAGGAGGUUGAACUGCGACAAAAAUCCUCCAGAAGUUUACUCGCGAAUGUGCUAGACUUAGACGAUGAUCUUUGUAAGAUUGAUCGAAUGGACAGGAUGAAUUCAGUGCCAAAUUACGCGUCCAUAAAAAUAGAGGAGAACGGCACCCAUAUCGGAUACACACCUCUGGCAAACUCACCCACGGGAGGUCACUGUCUACAUAAAAGUGAGCUUAACGCAAUUCUGCGAGAACUUAAAGUUAUGAAUAGGAAAACAAAGGAGAAUGAUAAAUACACUUCAGAGGCGAACGAUUGGAAAUUUGCAGCUAGGGUCAUAGACCGAUUAUGCAUCUGGAUAUUUUCAAUAUUCACUUUGGGGUCAACUCUCGGAAUUUUUCUCUCUGCACCUAAUCUAUUUUCAUGACAGAUUUGGUUGCUACGCCUGGUUGAAUGUUUACUUGUUCGUACUAGUGAUUACGAAUUUAAGGCAGAAUCUUAACACAAUAUCUUGCAUCUUGGAUAGUGUGAUACAUAGACAUGUAACUCUAACUUAGCAAUGCAGAGACAGGUAUUACCGCACUACUGAUUAAAAAACGACGUAUAGUAGAGUCUUGUGUAAUAAUCAAUCAACGCGUAAACUGAAUGAGAGAUGCAGUCAUAUCAAGAUAUUAAAAAUGAAUCCAUCAUUGAACGAAUGGAACACAUCGUUGACACCAUGGGAUCAGUUUCCUAAAAUUACAUCAGAUGAGUCUGGAUUCGGAGCCAAUGUAAGAGUCGCUGCCAUGAGACUCGGAGUCUUAUAUAUAUUACGUCUUUUUAAAGGAAGCAAAUUCGAACUAUCGCAAGUGGUUUCUUGCUAGCAAAGCACUGAAUGAACAAGCUUAAAAUGUAUAUUACUUUCGCAAGUUUCAUUUGUUUAAGGAAACCAUGGAUCGUAAAUCGGGUCGUUCUGAUUGUGCUCAUUACAUCAACUCAAUAUAAAUGUAAGGGCUGUGAUAUAUUGCUUUGUUGUGGAUAUUUUAAUGUGCUUUGUGAUUCCAUUAGCCUAAUUAUAAUGAAAUAUGCUUAUUUAAGUGUUUAUAACGUGUUUUAAGUUCGUUUUAAGUGUUUCAUGUUUCCGGUGUUUCUCAAAAGAUCUCAGAGAACGAUAUGAGGAAUUGUUAAGGAUUUUCGCUGGUGAGAUGAAAAUGAUGAAGUUUCAGAAGUACCAGGACUAGGUGUCAGUGUGAGUUUUCAGAAAAUGUUAAUAACUCGAAGUGUGCUUCAGGGGAAAUCUCAAUUUUCAAUGCAAAAAUGGCACACCCAUCAUUUUACUUAUCCACUAACGGAUAUUAUUAUGUCAGAUGUCGAUCAGCAACUCAUUGAAGAAAUUUGACGAUAUUUACGACCAUGCAGCGAUUGUCCUUAAUAUAAUCCGAAAUUGAUUAGUGAAAUAUUAUGUUUGUUUGAAAAUCCAGUUAUGUUCUAUAUCAAUGCAGUAUUCAUAUAUAUGUAUAUGUACAUAUUCAUUUGUUUAAUCCCACAAGACGACGUGCAUUAUGAAAAUG